AUGGCGACCGAGGAUAUCGACCGUGCCAAGGUACCGCGAGAAAUUCUUCGUCUGCACGCUAAUUAGUCGUCUCGCCGACGCUGCGGAUAGUGACGCGCUGGCGGCGCAACUCCUGCGGUCCCGUCGUGGCCUGCCGUCGUCGCGAACGUCGACGAUUGUCGGCGCACACGCGUCGAAAAUUCGUCCGCUACACUUCCGAGGCAGUGAGACGCGAUCCAACGAUCGCGAGGCGAUCGACGUAUCUGUAUUGAUUGGCCGUUAAUUUGUCGCUCGCUCUUUCCGCCGAGAUAUCAUUUCGGGGAAGCGGAUGUGUAAUGACCAUGAUGGAGUGCAUGCUGCGUACUCUAAAGUUAGCUGGUCACGUUGGAUUCGACAGUCUACCCAGCCAGUUGGUGAACAAGUCGGUGCAAAAUGGAUUCUUAUUCAACAUCCUCUGCAUCGGUGAGACUGGCCUUGGAAAAUCCACGCUCAUGGAUUCUCUUUUUAACACAAGCUUCGAGUCCAGCCCUAGUCCUCAUAAUUUGCCAUCCGUGAAACUCAAAGCGCACACUUAUGAGCUACAAGAGAGUAAUGUUAGGCUGAAGUUAACUAUCGUCGACACGGUUGGUUAUGGUGACCAAAUCAACAAGGAAGAUAGCUUUAAGGCGGUCGUUGAUUACAUAGAUGCGCAGUUUGAAGCAUACCUGCAGGAAGAAUUGAAAAUCAAGCGUUCACUGUCGACUUAUCAUGACAGUCGUAUCCAUGUUUGCCUUUAUUUCAUAUGCCCCACUGGUCAUGGUUUAAAAUCUAUUGAUUUAGUGUGCAUGAAGAAGCUGGAUACCAAAGUUAAUAUCAUUCCAAUUAUUGCUAAGGCUGAUACAAUAUCAAAGACUGAAUUACAAAAGUUCAAAAGCAAAAUCAUAUCUGAGUUACAAAACAAUGGAAUACACAUUUAUCAGUUUCCCACUGAUGACGAGAGUGUAUCGGAAGUAAACGGUACUAUGAAUACUCAUGUGCCAUUUGCCGUUGUUGGCAGUACCGAUUUUGUUCGUGUAGGCAAUAAGAUGAUGCGCUCCCGUCAGUAUCCAUGGGGCACAGUUCAAGUCGAGAACGAAUCUCAUUGCGACUUUGUAAAGUUACGUGAGAUGCUGAUAAGCACCAAUAUGGAAGAUAUGCGCGAGAAAACGCACUGCCGCCAUUACGAACUUUAUCGCAAGAAGAGGUUGGAACAGAUGGGUUUCAGCGAUGUUGAUAGCGACAACAAACCGGUGAGCUUCCAACAGACAUGCGAGGCAAAGAGAUCUAUUCACUUACAAGAAUUGCAGCAAAAGGAAGACGAAAUGAGACAGAUGUUUGUCGCCCGUGUGAAGGAAAAAGAAGCUGAACUGAAGGAAGCGGAGAAAGAGCUUCAUAGUAAAUUCGACAAGUUGAAAAAGGACCAUACGGAAGAAAAGAAGAAAUUGGAGGAAAGCCGUAAGAAACUUGAGGACGACAUAUUGGAAUUUAACAGACGGAAAGCGCAAUUUGCGCAGCAACCCCAACACCACACGUUGACUUUAGGCAAAAGCAAAAAGAAGUGAAAAGUAUUCAGGCAGAAAGACAUCUUUUUAUACCAUUCACACGUGACUAUGCAUUGUAAUUGCAUUAUUCAUCGAAAGUAUUGUUAUUUUAAUUAUCGUAUACCUGAUUAUAUAUUAUUUUAUUAUAUUCUAUUGUUUUAUUGUACUAUAUCUUAUAGUAUUUGAUUGUACCAAAAGUUUCUCUAAGCAUGCGCGAAAAGUUCCGCCAAGAAAAGGCCGAUACGACUCGCAUUAAGUAGAAGCAAUACCCGUGAGAAGAAAAUAUUUAAUUGAAAUUUUAUUUGUAUCUUGCUUUAUAGUGACAUUAACUUUGUAUGAAAUAUAUAUUUAGUACAUCAUUAACAAUCUGGUUUCUUUGCAACAAUGUAUCGCGAUUAAUAGUAAUAUCAGUAAUUAAUAUCAGUUUCUACGAUGCUGAACAAUGAAAUUUUCAUACUCACUUAGAAUCUUAGAAGAAAGCAGUGUUAUCUGAAUAUUUCAUCUCAGCAAGUGCUUGAUAAUACGUGUGUAAAAUAUUUUUAAUAUUAGUUUUAUAUUACGCACACGCGCAAGAAGAAAGAUUGUUUAGGCAAAAUUCAACAAGCUGUUACUUCUACAAAAGUGAUGCUAAUAGGAUAAUUCGAGGAACGUCUCAAAAGUUUUUCCACUUUAAGCUUUUCCAGUUUCGGAAUAUAGUUUAUACAUUUCUUUACAGCGCUACGCAAAUAUAAAUUAAGACGUGUCAAACGUCAAAAAUUAUUAAAUAUGCCGAGUCACAUCAAAUAAACUGAAAAUUACAUACGAACGACCUUUGUACUGUUUAAACAAAUUCUCUUCCGUAAUGUACGCAUAUGUAGAUUAUAAUACGAUAAUUUUUACUAAGCUAUUCAAUUUUACUCACUGCAAAAAGCAAAGAAAAAACAAUUUAAUCGCUCGCACAAAGCGAAUAAAUUGAUAUGGCACUCAUAAAAGAAAAAAUAGAAAGCUGGAAAUCUUCUUUUUAAAAUGUAUUCUUCAGAAUUUCAAUAAAAAUAAACUUUUUGUGUAAAAACUCAGGUGAAAUAUAAGAUCUGAAAUUUAA